UCAUGUGGACACACUUUUUGACCUAACUACACAAUCUAGUUUAAUAAUUCUAAAUCUAUGUCUGUACGCCGUUUAAAAAAAAUACCCUUGCAACACUGGUUGCUCAGCAACGAAAUACUUGAUUUGUUGACGGAUGGAAUGUCAUAACAAUGUUUUGUUUUAAUCAAUAAUAGAUGUUACUUUAAUUGAUUUUAAAGCUACUGGGGAUGUAAAAUGCUAACAAGACAGCAAGAAAUAGCUAAAAUUAAUUCUCGAUUAACGCAAUGAAGUUGUUCACGUUAUUUACUUACAAUGUGGAAGUUCAAUACAAAAGUUAUCUUCUAUCGAAAGCAAUGUUAUUCAUAUUGUUGACUAACGCAAUUAUUAUCAUUUUACCUUUCAUUUUUGCAUACGGGGGUCGAGGGUUUUGGCUUAAGUCUCAGAGUUACUUUGAACAACCGGUGGUAUUUUUUACAUACGACUACUUGUUUGUGGCCGAGACUGAUGAUCCUAGUCAGCCAAUAGUGUGUGGUAAUGAAAACCAUGACGAUGAUGAAUACUGUGCCGAAUUUCAGGUGGGUGAGUACGACAAUAAUGAUGAUGGAAAUAAUGAUGUAUUGGAACUGAAACUUCUUCUCAAAAUCCCUCCGCCCAAGACAUUAGCUUCAGUAGUUCUACUUUUUGGAUUGGACCUCCAAUUAAAGACUAUAUGCCCCCUUCAUAUGCAGGGAUUAUCAAUAAUAACAAAGGAAUUUUCUCAGCCACCUUCUGCAUUAAUUUACUAUGGAGACUUGACCUUACAUCAGGCUUCCCACUUGCCAUGCCAUCCCAAUACUGUAGACACUGCAUACAAUAUAACUUUCUUUGGACACUUGGGAAAGAAAAGUAAAGAUAUUGUAGAUGCUAUUAUAGAAGAGUAUUUUACUAGAGAAGCUAUUAUUGACACUAAGACAUUACACUCUAGAAGUCAAAAUGGGCAUACUGGAACUGUGAAUAUCAAAAUACGCCUAAGAAUACCCGAGACACUAGUACUGUAUACGCCAAACCUCCUGCAGGAGCUCAAGUGGGCGUGGCCCCAGUAUUUAUCUAUGGCAGUAGUACUGUAUUGGAUUUUCAAUAAAAUAAAAAAGUUUGUUUUCAGCAAUCGCUUACUGAUGGCAUGGGAAGUAGUCACAUGGAAGAAACCUUAACUACAAAGCUAUAAAGUUCAUGUAAAUUUGAUAUUAUAUCCCAAUUACCAUUAC